AUGGAGGCAACCCUGCUAGACCACUGGAAAAGCAUGCUGAUCGAGAAGUACGAUGGGUCAUCCGACCCCGAAGAACAUUUGAACGUUUUCUUGACUCAAGCGACCCUUUCCACUCAGGACGACUCGGCUUUGUGCCGAAUAUUCCCCACGUCGCUGAAGGGAAGAGCUUUGAGUUGGUUUACGAGACUGCCGAGCGCCUCCAUAGACUCGUUUAGCGAGUUGUCGUCCCAGUUCACCCUACAAUUCGCAACGAGUAAGCCGUACAAAACGAACUCUUUAGCCUUGGCGGGGGUCCGUCAAGAAAAGAAGGAAAACCUGAGAGGCUUCAUGGACCGAUUCAACAAGAUUGCAAUGGAGAUUGGCGACCUUAAUCUUGUCGUGGCAUUAGACCGGCUGAGCACGGCCCUCAGGCCGGGACCGUUCGUAAACAGCUUGUGUAAGAAGCCGCCAGUUGAUAUGAACGAUCUCCGACGCCGAGCUGAGAAGUACAUGCAAAUGGAAGAGCUUGCGGAAACCCGGAACCAGGCCAGGGUCGAAGAAAAUUAUAGCCGAAAAGAAUCUGGCCGAGAGCAGGUGAGAAAGACUAAUGCCGAAUCCUCGAAUACCCGCCCCCGGAGAGGACCUCGCUACGCGGUGUACACUCCCCUCAAUGCGAGUAAGGCCAAGGUGAUGGAGCAGGCCCUCGCAUCAGAAAUCCUUGCCAUGCCGAAAAGGGCGAACACACCUCCCAGAGCCGACAAAGCCAAGGCAUGCCGAUUUCACCGAAAUAGGGGGCACUCCACCGAAGAAUGCUCGGCGCUGAAGGACAAGCUCGAGGACCUUAUCACACAAGUUCGAGGACCUUAUCAAACAGGGUCACCUCAGAAGUUUUAUCAGCCCCCAUGA